GUCACCGCGCGCCAGUGAGUAGUACGCAGACACGCGCGGUUCUUGAGCAGGUGGACAGAACGGCGCAUAAACAGCUAUCGUUCUGCAUUUGAUUUGAAUUGACAGCAUACAUUCAGUACAUUACCCGAAGCGAGACGACGCAAAGGGGAAAUCAUAUUUAGGUGAAAACUGAAAGAAGAUCUCGACAUGCAGCCAGCAAGUGCCAAGUGGUAUGACAGACGGGAUGCAGUCUUCAUUGAAUUUUGUAUAGAAGACAGCAAAGAUGUCAAAGUUAAAUUUGACAAAACAAAGCUUGAUUUCAGUUGUGUUGGUGGAACAGAUAACACAAAACACCAUAAUGAAGUAGAACUUCUUGAGUCCAUUGAACCAAAUGGGUCUAAACACAAACGCACAGACAGGUCUGUGUUUUGCUGUCUAAAGAAAGCGGAACCUGGCAAAUCUUGGCCAAGGUUAACAAAAGAAAAGGCGAAGCUUAAUUGGCUCAGUGUUGAUUUUAAUAACUGGAAAGACUGGGAAGAUGAUUCAGAUGAAGAAUUGUCCAGUUUUGACCGCUUUUCAGAGAUGAUGAACAACAUGGGUGGGGAAGAUGACCUUCCAGAAGUGGAUGGUGCAGAAGAUGAAGAGUCUGCAGAUAGUGAUGAUGAAAAAAUGCCAGACCUUGAGUGAAGGAAUAGGUAACCACCAUGCAGAAGAAAGCAAGGAUUUCCGCUUAACAUUUAAAUAAAGAGAGAGACUAGGUUUGCAUUGGUAGCCAUUUAAAAAAACUGCAUAAUUUUUGACUGUUUUUCAAGUUAUUUCUGCAGAAAGUCACAAGGGGAUGAAUUUUUACUGUUGUGUUGAUGGCAAUCUCAGCCCCUCGACAAUGCAUUCUUUACGUUUCUGUGCUGCAUGGACAAUUACAAGCUCUCCAUGAUGUAUUGUGGAAACCAUUUAUGGUUACUUAACUAAACAAUGGCUUUUACAGUCUUGGGCUUUUUCCUCAAUGUCAAUGGGGUUAUUGCUUCAUAUAAUGUAUACAUCGUAAUUUUUAGUAAUGCAAAUCAAGGACAUGAAUGACAUUUUCAAAUGUCAUUCACAAAUGUGUUUAAUUCUUAUUUUCUUUUAAUUAUUUUCUUUUGUGUUGUGUCUCAUAUCCGUGUGUGUGUGUGGGUGUGUGAGAGAGAGAGAGAUAGAGCAAAGCAAGCAUGGUCUUAAGAAAGAUGGUUUUUCAUUUAGCUGCAAAUGCCAUUGGCAAACCCCCGUUUUAUGUGUUUUAGCUGUGGUUUUGACCUUCAGAUCAGUUUUUGUGUCAAUCCAACAUGUUCAAAGUUUAUAUUCAUGUCUGUACACGCUGCUUUUUGAAAAAAAUUCAGGUUGGCAGUUAGUAUUCUUUGUUUGUUUGUGUUUUGUUUAUAUUAUACUUAGACGUGUAGCAGACAAUUGUACACUGGUUUCUUCCAUAUAUGUAAAAAGAAGUGAUUAAAAAAAAAAGCAUAUGCCUCGCUGUACAGAACAAAGGGGUAACUUUAUCAGUAGAUGACCAGUUUGUGUUUGCACUUAAUAUCAAUACAGGUGUGACUAAAAGAUGAAAACGAUAACAUUGUGACCUGUCAUUUCAGGUUUAUAAAUUUCAGUUUGUUAAACGCAGUGAGGUUUUUGUCUACAUAUUUCUAAUAAACUGUCUCUAA